AUGGGUGAGCAUGUUUGUAAAGAACCAAUUGUCGUUAUGCAUUCGUGUGGUGGUCAGGUCAUCAUGGUUUUAGCACUGUGGUUCAUUGUGUGGGCUGCUCUUGAUGGUGCUCUGUUUGGUUGUGUAAGUAUUGGGUUUGAUUCAGAAUUGGGACUUUUGAGAUAUUUUAGCUCCUCUUUUUGCACCAUAUUUGGGGUUUUGAUGAAUCUAUUGGCAUUCCUUCGUUAUUGGGGAAGGAGUGUGAGCUACUGUUUCAAUGCGUUAAGGGAUAGUUUUGAAUCUAUCCCCUGUCAACUGGUUAUUCUUGUGCUGAAUUUUUUUCUAGGUUCAUCUUCUUCUAAUAUUGUUGAUCUGGUGCCUUAUAUUCCGGUGUCUCUCAUAUACACAAACUAUAGGAGGGUUAAGGAGCAAGCGGUGGUUGAUUAUUUAGAGUUAAGGUCUGUGGCCAGGGGUAUCUCUAGACAGAGAGAAUUUGACCUCUGUGGCAAGGGAAGAGAGAAUUUUGUGCCUUGUUACAAUGUUUCAGCCAAUUUAUUAGCAGGGUUUAAAGAAGGAGAAGAGUUUGAUAGGCAUUGUGAACUGUUAGUUGAAGCAGAAAGGUGUUUGGUUCGCCCUCCUAAGGAAUAUAAAAUUCCCUUCAGAUGGCCAACUGGCAGGGAUGUUAUAUGGAGUGGAAACGUGAAGAUAACCAAAAGCCAAUUUCUUUCAUCUGGAAGUAUGACCAAAAGGUUAAUGCUUCUAGAAGAGAACCAAAUUGCUUUCCGCCCAAAGGAUAGUCUAAUCUAUGACGGUGUGAAAGAUUACUCUCGCCAACUUGCAGAGAUGAUUGGGUUGGGAAGUGACAAUGAGUUUCCUCAAGUUGGUGUUCGCACUAUAUUAGACAUUAAUUGUGGAUUUGGUAGCUUUGCAGCUCAUUUAGCAUCAUUGAAUAUAAUGGCAGUUUGCGUUGCUGCAUAUGAGGCAACAGGUAGCCAGGUUCAGUUGGUCCUUGAGAGGGGCCUUCCUGCCGUGAUUGGCAACUUUAUUGCAAGACAACUUCCAUAUCCUUCAUUAUCAUAUGACAUGGUUCACUGUGCUCAAUGUGGCAUCAUUUGGGAUGAAAAGGAUGGAAUGUUCCUUAUAGAAGUUGACCGUGUUCUUGAACCUGGAGGAUACUUUGUGUUAACCUCGCCCACAAGCAGGUCACAGGGAAGUUCAUCACAAAUAAAAAGGAGGAACAUGUUGAAGCCAAUGGAAGAGCUGACCCAGCAACUCUGUUGGACUCUUCUAGCUCAGCAAGAUGAGACAAUCAUCUGGCAGAAGACUGCUGAUGUUAAUUGUUAUGCAUCUCGAAAGAAGCAUGCUAUACCACUAUGCCAAGAAGAUGAUGUUCAGUCAUAUUAUCGGCCUCUUCAACCAUGUAUAAGUGGGACCUCUAGCAAGCGCUGGAUUGCAAUUCAGAACAGAUCCUGUGGAUCUGAUUUGAGUUCAGAUGAGCUUAAAAUUAAUGGAAAGUAUUCAGGAGUUCAGUCUGAAGACUUUUUUGAAGACUUAGAAUUCUGGAGAUCAACACUCAAGAACUAUUGGUCUUUGCUUACACCACUAAUUUUCUCCGAUCAUCCAAAGAGACCAGGAGUUGAAGAUCCAUUACCGUCAUUUAACAUGAUUCGUAAUGUGAUGGACAUGAGUACUAAAUAUGGGGGGUUGAACACUGCCCUUCUGGAAGAGAAAAAAUCAGUUUGGGUCAUGAAUGUUGUUCCUGCUACAGCAUCUAAUUCACUUCCUCUUAUACUAGAUAGAGGUUUUGCUGGUGUUUUGCAUGACUGGUGUGAACCUUUCCCUACGUACCCCCUGACAUAUGAUAUGCUCCACGCAAGUGGACUUCUUUCUCAUCUCACUUCUGAGAGAUGCAGCAUGAUGAAUCUAUUCUUGGAGAUGGACAGAAUACUGCGUCCAGAGGGAUGGGUCAUUCUUUCUGAUAGCAUGAGAAUUAUAGAGAUGGCUCGCACACUUGCCACACAAGUACGUUGGGAAGCAAGGGUAAUUGACCUUCAGAAUGGAAGUGGCCAGCGACUUCUUGUUUGCCGGAAACCAUUUCUGAAAAAAUGA